AUGCCGCCCGUCGCUCAAUCCCUGCCUGGAUAUGCGCCCGAGGAUUUUGUUCGGGUGCUGCGGGGACUGCCUGUCUCAUCCCCAGUCAACGGCGCCAUUAACGGGCACGCUACAGAGUCUGUGAACUAUCGAAACUUUGCGAUGUCGCACUACAUUUUGGCCGCGCUGGAUCAACACUCCGCGGACUGGACGGACUAUACUAGCGCCUCGAGCCCGUACCUCCCACAAAGCCCUCCCUCCUCACUCUCUAUGAGUGCGCCGGAUGCCCACGUCCCGGGGUAUAUUCUUGACCGCCCACAGGCCUUUCCCGAUGAGCGCAUCGAGGCCGCUGUACGAUCCGCGCUCCCGACGGUGGCAGACGUUUGCUCCCGUCCUUCGGAUGGCCUUCCGGAGAUGGGGGUAUGGGUGUGCCCGCAGUGUGGGAGGGGCAUAGAUCCUCUGGAUCUGAACGUCGAUGAAAGGGCACUCAUCGGCGAGUACCUGGGCGUAGGAGAUGACUGCGGUGUUGUGGAGCGCGACGACGGUCGCGUGGAACUGGACCGUAUGAACCCUUGGCAGUAUAUGCGGCUGGUGGACUGCCUGGCAUGGGACCAUUUCGCGUCGCAUCUGCGCCAGGAAUGCAUUGUAUUUUGGUUCCCCAGUCCCGUUACUGCGUACAACUCUAAGCCCGCCAUGUGGUGGGAUGAAAACCGCCUCCGUCACCGUCAGGUGUAUAGGCCUCUGCGAUUGGAGAUAGAAGCUCUCGAGCGCACCGGCCAAUAUCAACUUCGUAUGUGGAAGGCGAAGAAGAUGUUACGUGUGGCGAAGCAAGGUAUUCACGCAGCCCGCUAUCACUUGACGCGUUGGCGGCGGGAGGCUGUGUCCGCGCGGGAGGCGCUGGUUCGCCAGAUGUUCGAGGCGGGUCGUAGCAUCGUCGAUACGGGGCUAGCUGUGGUGGAUCUUAUGGACGCGGAACAAGAGGACCCUGAGCGCGUCCAAUGGCAGGAAUCGCGCGAUGCCCAUCGCGCCGUUCGGCGCGAGUGGGAGACGCGCAAAGAGGAAUGGGCGAGCGAGUACCUAGGCCCUUGA